UGGAAGACAGGAGAAAACUACUGCUAACCUUUGAACCUCCUUCCUUUGUUAUCACCAAAAAAUCACGGGACAGUCACUGCUCGUAAAGACAGUCAUGGAGACCUGACACAGAAAGCCUGUUUGAGGAGCAUGUGAUUGUCCAGAGAGAGCAGAAAAGCCGCGAGUCGAGCAAAGGGAAGGAAAACAGUUUUCCCGGAUGCGCGUUCUGACUGAUACUUAUUUUAGGGCUUCAUACUUGAUUUCGAAUCUUUCUGGUGCCGAAUUCUGAACUUCUGAGGAUUUAUUGGUCUAAAAGAGAAACUUAAAACUUUCCUGUAAAAAUGACAUCCGUGCAUUUCAACCCUGGGUUAGAUUCCAUGGAAGUUAAUGGCAGUAAUGGGGUGAAAGACGAGGCAGAGGUGCGGAUCGAUGAUGGAAGGGAAGAGACUGAGGACCCAGACACAAUGUACCACCGUGUCCGAAAAACUAUAGCUCCUUUUGUGAUGUCUUUUGGUUUUCGUGUUUUUGGCCUGGUACUGAUCAUAGUGGACAUUAUUCUGGUCAUUGUGGACUUCUCUCUUUCCAACGGCAGUCACGAUGUUAGAAGAGCAAUGGAGUCUGUUUCUCUUGUCAUCUCCUUCUUUUUCCUCAUCGAUGUGCUGCUCCGUGUAUACGUGGAAGGAUUCAAAGUGUAUUUCAGCUUAAAACUGAAUAUAAUGGAUGCUUGUAUUGUGGUCGUUACCCUGGUGGUCACCAUGAUCUACGCGUUCACCGAUCUCUCCGGAGCUAGCCUGAUUCCCAGGGCGGUCACUUUCCUGAGGUUUCUGAGGAUAUUGAUUCUGGUACGUGUCUUCAGACUGGCCUCUCAGAAGAAAGAGCUUGAAAAGGUCACCAGGAGAAUGGUGUCCGAGAACAAAAGACGGUACCAAAAAGAUGGAUUUGAUCUGGACCUUACUUAUGUCACAGAAAGAGUCAUUGCCAUGUCUUUUCCCUCUUCUGGGAAGCAGGCGCUCUAUAGGAACCCAAUCAGAGAGGUCGCUAGAUUCCUGGACACCAAACAUCUGGAUCACUACAAGGUGUUUAACCUCUGUAGUGAGAAGGGCUACGAUCCAAAGUUCUUUCACUAUAGAGUGGAGCGUGUUAUGAUCGAUGACCAUAACGUGCCGUCACUCGAAGAUAUGCUGGUGUACACGGCCUGUGUUAGGGACUGGAUGGCAGCAGACCCCAGCAAUGUGAUCGCCAUCCACUGCAAAGGAGGAAAAGGGCGGACGGGGACUAUGGUGUGCACGUGGCUCAUCGACAGCGACCAGUUUGAGAAUGCACAGGAGAGUUUGGACUACUUCGGGGAGAGACGGACCGAUAAAAGUAUGAGUUCGAAGUUCCAGGGUGUUGAGACUCCCUCACAGAGUAGGUAUGUUGGUUAUUAUGAGAUCAUGAAGAAUCAAUACAACCGUCAGCUACCACUCCAGAAGAGCCUGAAAAUAAAGAGCAUUCGAAUCCACUCCAUCGCAGGUGUAGGGAAGGGGAACGGGAGCGACCUGAAGGUGAAGAUCAUAGUGAAGCGAGAGCUCGUCUUCCAGUGUGUUUGUGCCAAACAGCAGAACUGUGCGGUGUUUCCUGACACCGGUAACAAUGCGGUGGUCAUCAGUUUACAGGAAGGGCCUGUUGUGACCGGAGAUGUCAAGGUCAUGUUUGAGUCCAGUGCUGGUUUGCCAAAGGGUUACGAGGACUGUCCUUUCUAUUUCUGGUUUAACACUUCAUUUAUUGAGAACAACAGCUUGUAUCUCUCGAGGGAGGAGCUGGACAAUCCGCACAAAUCAAAGACCUGGGACAUCUAUAAGGAGGACUUCGGAGUGACGUUGUAUUUCACAGACCCUUGAGAAGAAAAUUCUCUGAUAGUGGAUAUUGUUCGUCCUUUUGUAUAAGUAGAUGUAUCUCUUGAGGUAUACUUACAGUAAGCUGGAAAACUGAAGAAAAAGUAAACACUCCAGGUAAACCUACAGAUAUAGAAGAUGUGCUAAAAAUGUUUUCAUUUCAUUGUAUUUCCAUGGUUGUUGCUCCAUGCUUGUGUGGAAAUGUAUUGGGAAUUUUUGUUUUUGUUCUGUGGUUCUGUUUGUCUUUGGCAACUGUGAAAAAAAGUAUUUACAUAUCAAACACCUGCUUCCAUGACAAAUCUGUUUGAAUAUUUCUGGAGUAUAUACUGUCAUCAGACAUGA